AUGAGAUGUGUCCAGACAUGUCUCCUUGUUACGGCAGCCCUGUCGGGCCACCUCUCGAUUCGGUUUCAAUCCGUUUCACAGGCGGUCGAGAGAAGCGGAACGGACGACACGAAUAAAUCGUCGAGGCGAGGCGUGGUGUUCUUCGAGAGCGAGAGGGCGAAGAACCAGGGCGUAACGAUGGGUCGGGACGGCGAGGAGAUGGAUGAUGAGUGUGACGGCGGCAAUACGUCGGGGAGGGGUGUUGUCCGGGUGUUCAAUGGUGACCCAGCAAUUCGACUUCUUGCCAUGCCCUCGUCCUUGCCUUCUACAUUUUCGAUGCUACGCUUUCUCUUGCCAGACCCUGCCCAUGGAGUCCCCAUGGACCUGAAAGGGGACCCUUCAACCGGGCGCGAUCGACUGGGACCUCCUCCGUGUCUCCUCCGGCUGCACGCAGUGGGUCUGCGCAUCGCCACCCACCCCCAGGCCUGGGAAAACGCAGUCUCUGAUGUUGUCACCGAAGCCUAG